UCCGCGGAUAUGUUGAACAGAAGUUUGCGCAUUUGAGCCAAUCAAAGUUCAAGCUGCAGCCACGUCGCGUAUGGCGUUUGUAUCAUUCCUUGGGUUUUCUCUCAACCCAUGUGUUGAUACUUCGCCAUAAGUGGAAGUUCACAAUGAAAAGUCAAACGGGACUGCGGUCGCAUAACCCGUCAUCAUGUCCCAGGUAUUUAUAGGGCAAGCAUCUUCCUCAUACUCGCAGACUUGUUAUCGUCAUGUGUGUGGGAACGCUGUUGAGCGCUACCGGUACACAAACAGCACCAUUUCCGACGUCCCGCUUCGACUUAGUGCGGACGAUACGUUCCAGAUAAGCAUUUUUGAGGAUCUGCAUUUUGGCGAGAAUGCCUGGGACUCAUGGGGCCCGCAGCAGGACAUCAACUCUGUAAAAGUGAUUAAUCAAGUGCUCGAAAAGGAGUCACCGAAUCUCGUUGUUCUGAACGGCGAUCUGAUCACUGGCGACAAUGGCUUUUUAGAGAACAGCACCGUAUACAUCGAGCAGAUUGUAGGGCCAUUCGUAAAACGAGACCUGCCCUGGGCGUCUACCUAUGGCAAUCAUGAUCACCAAUACAAUCUGUCAGCCGAACACUUGCUUGCACAUGAGCAGCGAUGGCCCAAUGCGCUGACAAAAAAAAUGGUUGAUUCGCCCGAUGCUGGGACUUCGAAUUACUACCUCCCCGUGUACGCCAACAGCUGUACCGAUGCGGCUUCAACAGAAGACUGUGUGCCAGCACUCCUCCUUUGGUUCUUCGACUCGCGUGGCGGCUUCAAGCAUCAAGAAAAAGAUUCCGCUGGGGAUAGAGUUGGUCAGGCAAAUUGGGUCGAUAUCUCCGUUGUCCAAUGGUUUCAGCAAACCCACGCCCUGCUCACUAACCAAUACCAAAAGACAUUACCUUCCUUAGUCUUCGUCCACAUCCCAACUUACGCGUCGGUUGCCUACCAGAAUGCCGGCAUAAGCCCCCAUUAUCAACCGGGAAUCAAUGACGACGUGCCUGUCUCCCCUCAAGCACAAGGAUGGUGCGCAGACGGCACGACCGAUGGAAGCUGUGACUAUGGCGGCCAGGACAUUCCGUUCAUGCAAGCCCUGACCACAAUACCCGGCAUCAUUGCUGUCUUUUCGGGCCAUGACCACGGCGACACUUGGUGUGCAAAAUGGUCGACCCAACUUCCCAACAUGACUGUCGCUGGCAACGGCGUCAACCUCUGUUUCGGACAGCACUCUGGAUACGGUGGGUAUGGUAACUGGGAGAGAGGCUCGCGUCAAAUUAAAGUAUCAGCAUCACAACUCCGUCUUUUUGAGGCCCAUUCGUGGAUUAGGCUGGAAAGCGGAAACGUGGUUGGGGAUGUUGAGUUGAAUGCGACGUACGGGCAUGAUUGGUACCCAGCGACAAACAACACGAAGACCAACUGCCCGACUUGUAAUUAUACGAUUGUUACGCCUGGUCCUGGGAGUUGA